AUGUCGCAGGUCAUCAGCCCCCAUCCCAACGUGGAUGCCACGGCCCCUCGGGUGUCGAUGACAUCCCGCGAAUGGGUCAUACCUCCUCGGCCAAAGCCCGGUCGCAAGCCAGCAACAGAUACACCCCCAACCAAGCGCAAGGCACAAAAUCGCGCCGCCCAGCGAGCGUUUCGCGAGCGUCGUGCCGCCCGUGUCGGCGAGCUCGAGGAAUUACUGCAGCAACAAAAGGAAGAACAUGACAAGGAGAAUGACGAGGCCAAAGCAAGGAUCAGAGAACUGGAGAUGGAAGUGCAGUCUCACAGCUCGCGAUGCGUGCUGCUGGAAACCAUGCUGGAGAAGGAGCGUAAAGAGCGCAUCCGCGCAGAAACCGAAGCUGAAGGCUUACGACAACGACCACAGCAGAACGACAUGUACUCGACUACGCACUCGUCGCAUCUCACCAGGCGUAGCUUUUCCUCUCAACAACACACAGUUCGCCAUGAUAGCCUACCGCACAUUGUGCCGACUCUCGAGACCGAUGAUGUCUCGAACCCUGCUCUGACUUGCGGCAAUUGCGCACCAGGCUCGUGUGCCUGCGUCACGGAAGCUUUGGCAACAGUUAGCAAUGCGUUCUCCCAGGGAGAGCUGAAGCGACCGGUGUCGCCGUCGGGGAGCAUUUCGAACGGCAAGCGUCAGCGAGCUGGUGUUCUUCCAGAGCAUCAAGAGAUGCAGCAGCCCCCGUCCGGAGACUCUUCCUUCAAAGAUGAUUGUGGUUUCUGCAAGGAUGGUACAUACUGCGUUUGUGCUGACGCUGCCAUGGCGACGCCGGUCAUGACGCCAACUGUCGACGUGCUUCCCCCCAUUAUAUCCCAAACCCAGACUCCUCCACCGUCUGAAGCCGAUUCGAACAUGGGCAUGGCCAUGGAGAUCACCUCUGACGGAGCCGUCAAGCUGCCCCGCAGAGCACCCGCGUCUCGUGCAGCGCCUGCGCGCAACAGCUCGCGUGGCUGUGGGCCCAAUGGCCCUGGCACAUGCGCGCAGUGCCAGUCUGAUCCCAAGUCUGGUCUCUUCUGCCGACUCAUGGCCUCCAAGCUUGGCAAAGAAGGUGGUGGCGGUGGGGGUUGCUGCGGCGGUAAGGGCGCUGGCGGUGGCUGCUGCAAGUCGAAGGCUCCUGAACCUGAGAAAAUCACCUUGCCCUCCCUGCCGAGCCUAGGUUUGACAUGUGCCGAGGCAUAUCAGACCUUGUCGAGUCAUCGAAACUUUGACAGGGCGUCGGACGAUAUUGGGUCAUGGCUACCGAAGCUGAGGGCGACUCCAGCUGGUGAUUCCCUGGGACCGAAGAGGAUGAUUCCCAUGGAGGUUGAGGCUGCUAGCAUCAUGAGCGUGCUCAAGGAUUUUGAUGUGCGAUUUGGCAGCGCACGCUGA